AGGCCACACUUGGCUGAUUUCUGCUGUAGCUGUUGUUGCUUGGGAGUACCGGUGAUUGAUUCAGUACAUCCUUCAAUUCAGUUUGUGAAUUAUGGCUGUUCCGAGCCUGCCAACUUUCUGUGCUUGUCCUGCACAAAGGAAGAGGUACAAUAAGCAUAAAGUUAGUUUGCCAUCGGCAAUGCUGGCACCAGCGAACCUUUGUGCCAACCGGCCGUGAUUGUGUUUGUAGUAAAAUAAUUGUGACGUCUGAAUUUCUAACACGACAAGUGUCUUACCGAUAUCAGGUUCCACCCGGUUUCUGUAGCAGCCAUUGGCAUUGGGCUCUAUCCGUGGGUCUCUCUGCAGUUGUGGAAACAAGAGGUUUCCGUCAAUGGAACGCAGCAUGAUGAAUGCAACAGGUGUUGGCUCCUGAGUAGCGCACUUGCCUCCGCGGAAAGCACUCUGGUCCUGUAUCAUAGAACAAGGCAUCCAUGUGGGACGUACUCGAACGUGAUCUCUGACACACCCACGGUGGAUCGCAUGGAGCGGCAUCUCAAGAGUCGUACCCGCCUGCUGGACUUGAUCGGCAGUUACCCCAAGGUUGUCCUGCUGUCUGGAGAUGUUCACUAUGCUGAAGUGAACUGCUGGAAAUCCGAGCAGUCCAACCGGCAUGCCGUUCAUGAGCUGACAUCCAGCGGUAUGACGCACACCUGUCUCAACUGGGGUAUUCCGCCACUAGACAAGCUCUGCCAUCUCACUCUGGAGCUUGUGCUGCAAUCUAAGUAUAGGGUUUCACCACAGCUUCUCAAGAAGAACUUUGGCUCUUUGGAAUUUGACUGGCAAGAUGAAAAGGGCAAGAUGACCUUCAAUGCACACAGUGCUGAUGGUGUGGAGUUCUCAUACCCAGUGACCGUUUCUGAGCUGAGUUCGACUGUGGCAAAGUGUCCGCCGGUAGUCUCCAAGCCGCAGCCCGUGCACGUCUUCUGGUUCUGCUUUGCCGGUCUCUUCACCGGCGUCUUUGUGACCGCGUACAUGUUGCUCCAGCUGUUCAAGUGUUUGCUGCAAGCCACCUCAUCCAUGAUCCGUGGUUCACCCAGCUCAGGCACCAGCAAGAAAGUGCAGAAGAAAAGGCAGUGAUCGUGUCCUGCCUGUUCGAUGCUCUACGUCAUCUGCUUCCACGCAGUCUGUCCUUGUCACGCGCAGGUGGAGCAUAUCAACCGUUGUCCCGUCACAGCCACGUAAGCUGAAGUGUUGGGUUCCUUCCAUGCCGAGCCAGUGCCUGCACCGUGGCUCAUCUACCCCCGUAUCGCCGAUCUCUUAUUGGUGAUGGAUACUGUUCUCUCUUCAUUAUACCCUAGGGAAAUCCCCUGUGCUGGUGCUCUCACUUCUGCAGUCAGGGGGCACUUCAGAACUUUCCGGCCUGUAACGCUCCACUUUUUAUCCCCGAAUGUCCCUAGCCAAUUUGGCUCUUGCUUUGAGUUUAGCUCAGCUGUACGUGUAUGCUCAACGUUACGAAAACAGUGCAAACAUACCACUGUGGUCGUGACAUACCGCAAUUGCGUGUGCUUUUCUUAUAAUAGUGCGGUAUCUAUGCCGGAUGUUUUUUAAAUUUUGAAAUUCGCUUAGUGAGAUAAAAUUGAUACAUUGAUAGCUUUCUGAUCUGAUUUGAACAAGUA